UAUUGCCACCAGUUUGAGUUGGGAGCUGCCUCCAGACGGUUCAUUUGGUUUUUGUACGCAAGAUGAGGAAUCUGCUGAAUGCUCUGCUGCUCCUACUGCUGUGUGGCCACAGAUUGCAGGCAACAUCCCUCAACAAUCGCAUUGUGGGUGGCGUGGAGCUACCCAUCCGCCUGACACCCUGGCUGGCAUCGCUCUCGGUCCAGGGCAAUCAUAGCUGCGGCGCGGCUUUGAUCAACUCGCGCUGGCUCGUGACGGCGGCCCACUGCGUGCCCCAUCCGGAGCGUUACUCGGUGCGUGCUGGAUCCUCCUCCGUUCUGGCGGGCGGACAACAAAGGGCUGUGGUGAAGAUCCUCGUACAUGCAGGCUUCAAUCCGCGCACUCUGCUCCAUGACAUUGCGCUGCUGCAAACGCGUGAGCCCUUCAAGCUGGGCAGCAGCGUGCAGCUGGUAAAACUGCCACUGCCCGGGCUCAGUGUGCUGCCCAAGACGCUGCUCGUCGCCGGCUGGGGCACUGUGCAUGAGAGAGCAAACGCCACGGAGACCCGACUGCGUGGCACGCUGGUGCAGCUCAUCGAUCAGCGUCGCUGUCGUCGACUCUAUGGCGCAUGGGGACGUGCCAUCACGGACAACAUGCUCUGUGCGGCAGCAGCUGGCAAGGAUCACUGCUACGGCGACUCGGGCUCUCCGCUGGUGCAUCGCGGCAGCAGCUACGGCAUUGUGUCCUUUGCCCACGGCUGUGCCAAUCCACGUUUCCCCGGGGUCUACACGCGACUGGCCAACUAUGUGUCCUGGAUAUUUGCAGUGCUGAAAAGUGAAGAAAAUUAAAUGUUAAUAAAGCAAUAAACGAUCUGCUCUCAGAGUGAAUGCUGCUGCUCCUCUUCCUUGCUGUUAUACAAUCCGCUAACCAUCCUCCAUCGUGCGCCUCCAGUCCGCCAAAGAGCGAUAAACUUGUAUUCGAGCCAGUCGACGGCAAAUUUGUGUAAAUUAUGUAUUUGUGCAUUUUGAUUUCAUUUAAACGAAGUUUCCUGAUGGCCCCCAGCGCAUGUCAAAAAGCGAAACGCGAAGCUCUGGCAGCAGCAGCAGCAGCAGCCUGACUUGCGCAACAACAUACACAGAUCCAGGCAGCCAAUCCAUAUCCAAAAGCAUUCACAGCAUCCCAUUGCUGAGGUUGCGAUGCGAUUCCCAGCUGGCUUGCC